AAAACAUGCUUUCAAAGAGUUGUGAAAUUACCGGUAUAUCGAAUCAUCUGCGAUUGACUGAAAACUGAUCAUAGAAGGAACAGGGCACAGAUUUGAACAAAGUUCCACUGCAAUAAAAAUUCAAAAUGGCAGAUGUUCCACCAUCUAUAGCAACCAAUGCUGUGUUAGUAGAAAGUCAGCCUAUGCCCGAAGGAACAGAGACAGUCAGAGGAUAUGACUUUAACAAUGGUGUCAACUUUGAAAAGUUAUUAAACAGCUACACAAGAUCUGGCUUUCAAGCUACAAAUUUUGGUUUAGCUGUGGAAGAAGUUAACAAAAUGAUUGACAUGAAGAUGAAGCCAGUUCCAAAUGAUAAAAAAGAUAACAAUGUUGACUCUACACAGAGAAAGAAAUCAAAUUGUACGAUAUUUUUAAGUUAUACAUCUAAUUUGAUAUCAGCCGGGGUACGAGAGGUUCUUAGAUAUAUUGUACAACAUAAUAUGGUAGAUUGUAUUGUAACUACUGCUGGUGGCAUUGAAGAAGAUUUUAUUAAAUGUAUGGCAGAAACCUAUAUAGGAGAUUUUAGCCUCCCUGGUAGAGAGUUACGAUCAAAGGGAAUUAAUCGAAUAGGAAACCUAUUAGUACCCAAUGAAAACUACUGUAAAUUUGAAGACUGGUUAAUGCCUAUAUUAGAUCAGAUGUUACUAGAACAAAAAGAACAGGGAACAUUAUGGACACCCUCUCGAUUAAUAGCUAGACUAGGUAAAGAAAUUAACCAUGAAGAUUCAGUUUAUUACUGGGCAUAUAAGAAUGAUAUACCAGUAUAUAGUCCAGCUAUAACUGAUGGUUCUUUAGGUGAUAUGAUUUACUUCCACUCCUACAAAAACCCUGGACUAGUUAUAGAUUUAGUACAAGAUAUACGAGGUGUUAACAGUCAGGCUGUCCAUGCUGUUAAUACUGGUAUGAUAAUAUUAGGUGGUGGAGUUGUCAAACAUCAUACUUGUAAUGCCAAUUUAAUGAGAAAUGGAGCUGAUUUUUCUGUAUUUGUGAAUACAGCAUCAGAGUUUGAUGGCAGUGAUUCUGGAGCUCGACCUGAUGAAGCUAUAUCAUGGGGUAAAAUUAAAAAAGAUGCCAGACCAGUGAAGGUAUAUGGUGAAGCCAGUUUGAUCUUUCCUCUAAUGGUGGCUCAAUCCUUCGCUAAGAGAGAAAAAGAAUUCAAAACUUUAAACAAUCAAGAUUAA